GUAGUGCACAAAUGUAAAAAACUGUCCCUUUGCAAGGUAAAAUAAGGGAACAAAAAGCACAAACAACCAUUGGAUACAGGGCAGAGACUGUCUGUUUUCGGAGGUACAACAAUGAGCGGAUUGGGCAAAAUAAAUAGUGAGAGCGAAUAGUGAGAAUGUACGGAUUCGGUUGAAGGGGGCUGGCUGGAAAAGGAGUUUUCAAUCGACCUUGACCCAUAUCAAGAGAAGAGUUUGUGCCAAGCUGUUUGUCGCAUUCAAGAGCGACGGUGCUGCCUUAUAGUUCUGGCAAACAUUGAACUAACUAGGUUAUCCGGAGCAUAUAUAAAAUAAAACUGGAUCCUGAAGAAUAUAACAGUGAAGUAAUCUAGUGUUUGCGUUGUUUGAGAUGGGUUUUUCCCAUUUUCUUACAAAAGUGAUUUUUCGAUUUGAAUUAAAACUAGAUUGCUACCAACGUUCAACCGACACGCAGCGGCAGCAGGAUGUCCGACACGGAGGAAGACUCGGCAAGCUCCGACAGCUGGCCCAUUAACGAGGACUGGCUGGUUGAGGUACUGAAGAAACAUCACGAGGUGCGGUCCGGAAUCAAGAUUACGGAUUUCAAGGUGAAACAAGGCUGCCAGGAUGGGGUGAACAAUCUAAGCGACAUACUGGCGGUUUCGGUGGUGUACGAAUUUGGAAACGUUCAACCGGAGACGAUGAGUUUGGAUAUUGUGAUAAAACUGUUGCCUCAGGAUCCUUUUAGUAGGUUCUUUGUAACCGAGGCGCAGUUUGAUUUGAGGGAGAUCAAAUUUUACACGAGUAUACUACCCGAUCUGCUGGCCUUUCAGGAGUUGAGUAUCGCCAAAAACUAUGGCUCCGGUAUGCUGGUGUCGGUUCCAACCUGUUUCUACACUCAAUAUGCACCGGCCAUUACGGCCUCGCAGGGUAGUCCAGAGCCUCCGGAAAGUAUUCUUGUGCUCGAGGAUAUGCGAUCUCUUGGGUAUAAGGGAGCCAACUUUUCCUCCGGUCUUACGGUUAGCCAAACCGAAGCUGCUAUUCGGGCUGUCGUUGCGAUCCACGUACUUUCGUUGGGUAUAAAAAUUAAGAAGAAAGUUGAUGUGAAUGAGAAAUAUCCGUUUCUUUUCCAAACAACACGCGCCACUGAGAGCUACCAGCAGCUUGUCGAACAGGGAAUGCCACAGCUGACCAAGUUCCUAGAGUCAAAGUCCGGUUACGCGAACGAACUCAAGGCACUGAAUAAAAUCCGCCCCAAGACCAAGGAACUGAUCGAAACAUUGCUGCAGCCAAUCGAACCGAUGGGACUGAUCACGCAUACGGACUUCUGGUGCAACAAUCUACUGUUUCGUGCCGAAAGUGAUGGAACCGACAGCUGUAUCAUUCUGGACUGGCAGAUGGUGACCUACAGUCGACCAACGAACGAUCUUGCGCUGCUGCUGAUUUCUUCCAUUCCGUCCAACAUUCGGCGACAGCACAGCACAAGGCUGUUGGAUUUGUACUACAACCUGCUCAAGUCCAACUGUCGAAAGCUGGAUAUUGAUAUCGAAGCCGAUCUGGGCUACAGCCGUAACAAAAUGGAACUGGAGUAUCGACAAUCGCAACUAUUAGCACUUUUACUUUGCAUUGGAUCGAUCGACAUUGCUAUUGGAAACCCGGUGGCCGAGCAGCGCCUGUUGGAUGUUUUGCGUGACUUUAACGACGAGGGUGUGUUAAGCUUAAACGAAUGUCUCUAAUCGUGUUUAUUGCGUUAGGAAACAAGUGAGCUUCAAAAUAAUCAACUUUUCGUGGAAAAUUAAACAAACAGUGCUCGUUCUGGUUGUCGGUAAGAUGAAGAAAACCAGAGAGAUGGAGUACGAAUCCAAUCGCAGAAAUAGUUGGUACUAGACCGAGGUGACAAUUUUAAUCUCAAAUUCUAUCUAGACUAAAAUGUUCUAGGAAAUCGUUACAUUACUAUUUGAUAUGCAAAAAAAAACUAUGCUUGUAACUAGAACCCAAUAGCAGCUCAGUGAGUGAAUCCAGUCAAUCAUUGACGAAUCGUUAAUAUGCCUUUUUGCUAGCCGAAACAUGCAUAUAAUAAGCCUCGUCAGCGUGUAAAGUUGGUUUCAGCUCGGUGUUACAUAAAAUUGCAGAAAGAAAGCUUUCAACUAUCACCCGGUCCACACUAGAGAAUAGAUUUGCGAUGCGCUUGGUGCGCACGAUGAAAAACGCUACAACAUACCAUUUUCCACUGAGAAAGAGAGACGUGAUUUUAUGAUUACAGGAUAGAGUUUA